GUAGUAUCUGUUUUGUUAAGACGCCCUGCAAGGCGAAUUUAUAAUAUAAUAAACAAUGAUAUAUGUAUGAUAUAAUAUAAUAAUUAGUAAAUCCACCUUGGCGGCUUGGUAACUGUUUUGUUAAGGCGUCACCUAAGGUAUUCAUUGAUUCGCCGGCUUAUUUAAACUGUAAGAUUUUAUACUCACUUUAUGUUAAUUUGUGUGUGAAAAUAUAAGAAAGUUUAAAUAUUAUCAAAGCCAAGCAGAAUGAAAUUUCUUGAAUAUGGCGAGGAAUUCUUAUUCGAUGAUAUGCCGAAAGUGUACAAUCCUACUCAAAAAGUGUUCAUUACACGCCUGUACGAUUUAAAACAACUGCAGCUGCCGAAAAGAGUACCAAAAAUAUAUACGACUAAGGCGCUCGCUUGGCGGCUGAAGGUGCAUUUCAAUAGCAAUACGGAGCAAUUGCUGACGGACUCAAAUUUUAUCUUCCUGGACCCUUCGAAAAACCCACAAGUUUUGCAUCUCAGCGAUGAAAAACGCGUUAGGGUGUAUGUAUUCGAGGAGAUCUCAGCAACUCGAAACAUUAUGGUACUCAUACAAAGAGAGGGUAAAAUAACCCACUUGUAUGCCGGCGCUUGUGUAUUCUUACGGGAAAUUUUACUAGAUGAUGCUUUUGUUUCAUGCAUUUCCUUAGGAGUUGAGAAACUAUACUUGGAUUUAAGGCGUGCAACGAGCCCCUGUAAUCCUAGUGAAUUGAACGAUAUUGUGGAAGAAUUAGACCGUAUAUUACACAAAAGCAAAGUAUUUGAUAAAAUACAGCUGCUGGUGCCUAUAUUUGGCAGUGAGGAAUUAGUGGCCGAGUUGGGAAAUCAACUUCGCGGUUUGGUGCACUUAAAUGACACCUUCCUGAAUUUCCAUGGUCAUUUUUUGUACUUGGAACAUUUUCAGAUGGACGCUGAAAAGGCGCGUAUAUUCGUUGAACACGAACCAAAUAAGGAGGAGUGCUCAACACAUUGUCACAAUUCAGAGGUAUUAGUUACCGUCAAAUUAACAACUGAAAAGCGGGUGAAAGAUAAAUCGAAUAAUUAUUUCGAAAUACACUAUUCUCCUCUGCCAAGCCCUUUCAAUUUGAAAGUACUCGCCUCCGCAGUAUAUCCAGGUCACAUUUUUGGUAUAACAUACGGCAAUAUGGAGCCACCAAGUUUGCCCGAAUACUUGCGCGCAUUUUGUAGAAUACCAGGCAAGGCACGGUUGCCGAAAAAAAGCAAACGUCCGAUCGGCGAUGGCAAACCAUUGUCUCCUCAAAAGAUCAGUCCUAACAAAGAUACAACGGCGGCGUAUUGUAUACGCAAAACGCAUUUCGAAUACUUGGACGAUGAAAGUAAUGACAACGAAACUUAGUCGGCAACUCAAUAUUAAAUAUGCUUACCCAAGUACCAUUUUCAUUUGCAUCAGUAUAAACGAAUGUAUUGUAAUUUAGAAUUAAAUUUAUUUUCAUUUAAA